AAGUUCUUUACAACAUCAACGAACAGCUCCAAACCGAUGACAUCGACGUGCCCUUGACCAAGAUCAGACCGGUUAAGAAAGUUGCACUCGUUGUCAUGACCGGAGAUCGAGGGUUAUGCGGUGGAUUCAAUAACUUCAUCAUCAAGAAAGCUGAGGCGAGGAUCAAGGAGCUUAAAGGUCUAGGUCUUGACUACACAGUCAUUAGCGUGGGGAAGAAGGGAAACUCUUACUUCCUUCGUCGUCCUUACAUCCCCAUUGACAAGUACCUCGAAUUCGGGACCUUACCGACGGCGAAAGAAGCUCAAGCUGUUGCUGAUGAUGUCUUCUCUCUGUUUAUAAGCGAAGAAGUCGACAAAGUGGAGCUCUUAUACACAAAGUUUGUGUCUCUUGUUAGGUCAGAACCCGUGAUCCACACGCUACUGCCUCUAUCGCCUAAAGGAGAGAUCUGUGACAUCAAUGGGAACUGUGUGGACGCUGCGGAAGACGAGCUCUUCAGGUUAACGACCAAAGAAGGGAAGCUGAUCGAAAGAGAGACUUUUAGGACAACAACUGCUGAUUUCUCGCCGAUCUUGCAGUUCGAGCAAGACCCUGUGCAGAUUCUUGAUGCUUUGUUGCCUUUGUAUCUCAACAGUCAGAUUCUUAGGGCUUUACAGGAGUCAUUGGCGAGUGAGCUUGCAGCUAGAAUGAGUGCCAUGAGUAGUGCUUCGGAUAAUGCAUCUGAUCUUAAGAAAUCGCUUUCGAUGGUGUAUAAUAGAAAGCGUCAAGCUAAGAUUACCGGUGAGAUUCUUGAGAUUGUUGCUGGAGCUAAUGCACAGGCUUGA